GCUCAUUAGCACCCUCUCCCUUCUCUCUGUGUUUUAUUAUCUUUAUUAUCCACAAAAAUGGGCCGCCCGCUCUUCUCCAAGGCUCUCUACGACUACAAGCCUGUCACCCAGCCCGUCGUGCGAACGGUCGCCGAAUCGCAGCCCGCGCACCCAGUUUACGACCGCUGGGCUCCCGAUCGCUUCGACCCGGACUCGGAUGAGUGGUUCGAGGGAUCAAACGCCGUCUACGAGGCGUUCUUGGACCCACAUGAAUUGGAGGCGCUGCGGGGCGAGGGUGCGAGACGGAUAUCGGACAGCCUGAUGAGCGAGCUCCAGGUUGAUGGGAGCUCGUCCGGCAGCGAUAGUGGGAGGACCAGCCCGACGGGCGUUGACGCGGAGGAACCAGGUCCAGCGCCCAUGGAAGUGGACGGACCGCCCGCUGCAGAUCGGCCAGUCGCUGCGGACGGGGGAUCUGAUCGUUCCAGCGUGCGCGGCGAGCGAGCGGCCACGGUCUCAGAGAUGGUGACCACGCCUCAACCGACGCCGCCGGUCGCUACGCCCGUCUCCACUCCUCCUACCGUUUCGGCCAUGCCACGGGUCGCCCCCAUUCCUAUCCCGGUCCCCCGGUCGCCGGUCAUGUCGAGGGCUCAGAUCGUACCCUCGACUCCGCCUCAGAACUCUCUGCCGCAGGUGACACCGUCCGCCACGCCCCGGAUCUACACCUGGCGCCGCCCCUCCAUCACCGCCAUGCCCGUCUCGCCAUCCGGCGGGCCGCUGACGAACCCCAGCGCCCGCCGCUCGCUGGCGCACAUCACGUCCGUCGCCGCGCGCGUCCCCGACCUGCGGGCUUAGACCGGCUCGCAGCACGUAUACACGGUCUCUAUCAGCCUAAAACGAGCUGAACGUGCAGACUCCCUUGCGUGGGCGCUGGACGUUCGUCGCUCACAUAUUUGUUCCUCGGCUUCCGGCUUUUCUAAAGGUCGCUUUCACUGGCAGGGCUUCGGUAUGCUGUCUUAUACAGAUUGUAUAGGUCUUUUCCGCUCGAUAUACCAAGGAACUACAACACACUCCCUUCGCAUCCCUCUCAUCGUCGC